AUGAUCACCACCAACCAAGGCACCGUCAAGCACCCCGGUGAGCACGAAUCUACAGCCCAGACUGCGGAGCAAGCUCUCGCACCAACCCUGGUGACCUUACCUCCCGAACUCCACUUCAAAAUCUUCAAGCUCCUCGAUCGCGUCUCCUCAACUUGCCUUGGUCUCUGCGCCAAGACACUGUAUGCCGUCCACUACAGCCUCCGCGGCAAGGUCCCUCUCUACGCGUGGUAUUCCUCUCCUCCGAGCAUGGUCCAUGGGCUUCGUCUGAGUGACUUAUUGAAGGAGUGGAAUGGACCGAAAUUCGUAGUCAAAUGGCCCCAUGUGAAGUUGCGCCCCAAAGGACUACCUUGGCACGCGGGAUUGCCUGCUGGCAAGGAGGCAAAGGUGCUGCAUAUUAAUUGGUACAAUUUUGUUCGCUCCAGGGCCAUGAAGUGCGACGUGAGGGAAUUGGGUGGUUAUUGGCAACAGGGAGAAUGGGUUCCAUUAAAGAAGAAUAAUUAG